AUGUCUUCUGAAAAAGAUUUGAUAUCGCCACCGCCACCUUAUCCUUCUGUAUCUCCUGUUCAACCAUUAAUAAUCAAUACUGAUAUAUCUAAUAUAAAUGAUUAUUUACCAUGGUCUAUUAUCAAUCUAUUUUGUGGUUGGGGUUUUUUUGGUAUUAUACCAUUGGUUUUUUCGAUUGUUUGCCGAAAUGACAAAAGUAUUAAUAAUUUAAGUGGAGCUCAAACAAUGAGUAAAUUGGCAUUAGUAUUCAAUAUUUUAAUUAGUAUUGGAGGAGCAAUAGGAUGGGCUAUAUUUAUCAUGCUUAUCUCGAAUCAUAUAACUAUUUUGGGAUUUUCUUACGGAAAUAAACAAUAA